CCUCUAAAGGCCGAAACCUUUGUCCAAGAACCAACGCUAGCUGUUGUUCUUUGUUUUGUUUUGUUUUGUGUUUUUAAGGUUGCUUGCUGUUGGCUGGAAAUAGAAAACAGUAACCAUGUGUCCGUCGGAGAGAAACUUAAGUCGGCCGGAGAAGACCAGCUCGGUGUCGGAUUUCAGGUCGGCAUUCGAGGUUCUCGACGCAGAUCGUGACGGGAAGAUCAGUAGAGAAGAUUUGAGGAGGUUUUACGCGGGGUUUUCGAACGGUACCGGUUUCGACGAUGACGAAAUUAUCGGGACGAUGAUUUCUUUGGCGGAUUCGAACAAGGAUGGUUUCGUCGAGUACGAGGAGUUCGAGCGUGUUCUCGGAGGGUGCGGAAAGAGGUCGUCGUCGGCGUCGGCGGCAGGAGGCUUCGGGGUGAUGGAAGAUGUUUUUAAGGUCAUGGACAAGGAUGGAGAUGGGAGAUUGAGCCAUGAAGAUUUGAAAAGUUACAUGAACUGGGCUGGGUUUUCUGCUAGCGACGAAGAUAUCAAGGCUAUGAUCCGAUUGGGUGGUGGUGAUGAAAAUGAAGGCGUUUCUUUCGAUGGUUUGCUUAAGAUUUUGGCCGUUGAUUUCGCUGGGUAAAAUGUUUAAACACUUUUCCUCUGUGUUCUAGUUGUAAAGAUGGAUCAAAUAACAAUAACUGUUGAACACGAAAUCUUCUUGCUCAUCUUUUCUCUUCUGCAAGGAAAUCAUUUUCAUAAUGUAAAAUAUAAGACAGGGUAAAACCAAAAUGAUUUGUUUCUUGUCUA